AUGGGUGACUACUCGAAAGCGCUUGAAGUUUACGAAAAAGCACAUAAAAUUAAAGAACAAGCUCUGCCUUCGACUCAUCCUGAUUUGGCUACUUCUUACAACAGCAUCGGUCAAGUGCAUAACAACAUGGGUGACUACUCGAAAGCACUUGAGUUUUACGAAAAAUCACAUCAAAUCGUCGAAAAAGCUCUGCCUCCGAAUCAUCCCGAUUUGGCUCUUUCUUACAACAACAUCGGCCAAGUGUAUAACAGCAUGGGAAACUACUCGAAAGCACUUGAGUUUUACGAAAAAGCACAUGAAACCUUCGAAAAAGCUCUGCCUCCGACUCAUCCCUCAUUGGCUACUUCCUACAACAACAUCGGUGGGGAGUAUAACAACAUGGGUGACUACUCUAAAGCACUUGAAUUUUACGAAAAAGCACAUAGAAUUAAAGAACAAGCUCUGCCUCCGACUCAUCCCGAGUUGACGCUUUCCUACAACAACAUCGGCCAAGUGUAUAACAACAUGGGUGACUACUCGAAAGCACUUGAAUUUUACGAAAAAUCACAUGAAACCUUCGAAAAAGCUCUGCCUCCGAAUCAUCCCAAUUUGGCUACUUUCUACAACAACAUCGGUCAAGUGUAUAACAAAACGGGUGACUACUCGAAAGCACUUGAAUUUUACGAAAAAGCACAUAUAAUCUUCGAAAAAGCUCUGCCUCUGAAUCAUCCAUUAUUGGCUACUUCCUACGACAACAUCGGUCAAGUGUAUAACAACAUGGGUGACUACUCGACAGCACUUGAAUUUUACGAGAAAGAGGUCGAAAUCACGAAAAAGGCUCUGCCUUCGAAUCAUCCCCAUUUGGCUGUUUCCUACAACAACGUCGGUCAAGUGUAUUACAACAUGGGUGACUACUCGAAAGCACUUGAAUUUCAUAAGAAAAAUCUUAAAAUCAAAAAAAAAACUCUGCCUCCAAAUCAUCCCGACUUAGCUUUUCCAUACAACUGGUUCGGAAGAGUUUAUCGCGCUAUGAAGAACUACUCAAAGGCACUUGAAAAUUUUGAAGAGGCCCUUGCAAUACGUCAAAAAACGUUACGUGAAACACAUCCCAAUCGAGCCAUUACAUAUAGUGAUAUUGGUGAUGUUCAUCGAUUAAUGGGUAAUUAUGAAAGGGCACUUUCAUUUCAUCGAAAAGCAUUAGAUAUUCAAGAAAAUGUUCAAUGCAAUCCUCUGGAAUGUGCAACGACAUAUACAAAUUUUGGUGAAACUUAUCGACAAAUGAAAGAUUAUUCAGCAGCAUUGACAUAUUUUCAAAAAGGAUUAGAAAUACGUGAAAAGAAACUACCAAAAAAUCAUCCUGAUUUAGCUGUAAUAUAUCACAAUAUGGCAAAAUUAUAUUUGUCUACUCGACAAUACAGUAUGGCAAUGAAAAAUAUUCAACAAGCAUUAGAAAUUGCUCAAGAAAAGUUACCUUCAAAUCAUCCUCAUCUUUUGGAUUAUAGAAAAACAUUUGAGGAAAUUCAAAAGAACUUGUAA